CUGAGCUAAGUCCACCCGGCUGGAGUUUUUCUUUAUUAAUUUGCCCAAAAUUAGAGCCUUUGCGUGCAUUGGGAAGGAGGGAAAGCUAAUUAGGAAUCAUCGGCUCAUAGCUGAUAAAACUCUUAAAACCUGCUUCCUCUUCUCAUCUUCCACUUACCCCGAUCGUCAGCAAGACCAACGCCGUGCUCCUAGCCACCGUGACCGUCUCUUCCUGACUAGCUAUCGUCUUAGGAUAUUCAUUUGAUUCUAGAUCUGUACAUUAUUAGAGGAAGAAAUCAUGGCAUAUGUAGAUCACGCGUUUUCCAUAUCCGAUGAAGAUAUCAUGAUUGACCCCCCCUACACCCUCAACAACCGACCUCCGGUGAAGGAGAUCUCUCUAGCCGUUUCUCUCCUCGUCUUCGGCGUCCUCGCAAUCAUCCUCGGUACUUUCAUGGCCGUCAACAAGAUAGGCGGUGACCGAGCACACGGGCUAUUUUUCGCAAUACUGGGAGGGAUUCUGUUCCUGCCCGGGUUCUACUAUACUCGGAUCGCGUAUUAUGCAUACAAGGGGUACAGUGGUUUCUCAUUCUCCAACAUACCUCCCGUGUAGUCAUCUCAUUCUCGUCAUACAUAUAUAUAUACAUGUGACAUCCUUGUGUUUUCUAAUGCUAUGUAGCCGUUUACGUCAAAAUCCUGUAAAUAAUAAAGUGAAUCCAUCCGACAGUGCUGAUGUAGCAAACUACUGAUUGUUUUGUUCUUGAAUAUCAUAAUCAUAUUAGUGAAAAUAUUUUAUUUCUAAUUUGAAUACGCA